AUGAGACUACAUAAUAUGAUAUUUAGAUCGAUUUUCAAAAGAUUCUCAACGGAAAGUGAGGAAACAGAUAAAAAAUCAAAUGCAACAAGAAAUAUUCUAUGGUUCUCUGUAGUGUCUGCUUCUAGCUUUUUAAUCUAUAUAUAA